GAUCAUUUCAACAAGUAAUAAAUGAAGCACAUAAAAAUGUGUCUAUUUCAGAAAGCGCAAAGUUAGAAAGGAAAAUUUAUUUAUAUCGUGCAUAUAUAGCUCAAGGAAAAUAUAAUAUCGUUAUCACAGAAAUAAAGGAAACAGAUCCUAUUGAUUUAAAGGCAGUUAAGAUUCUUGCUGUGUAUUUGCAAACUAAAAGUGGAGGGCAAGCUUCCGAUGCGAAAAAAGAAGAGGCAUUAAAAGAGCUUAAAGAAGUGAUAUUAAAUGAUGUCGCAAAUACUCUAAAUUCGACAGUUCAAAUCGUAGCAGGUUCGAUAUAUUAUAAUGAAGGACUAUUUGAAGAUGCAUUAAAAAUUUUAUCUCGGCAUAAUAAAAAUUUGGAUGUUGCAUUGAUAAUCCAAAUAUAUCUACAGUUGGAUCGUUUAGAUUUUGCUAAAAGAGAACUUGCAGCAACGAAAACUUGGGCAGAAGAUGCAAUGUUGGCACAACUCAUUGAAGCAUGGGUUGGACUAAAAACAGGAGGUGAUAAAUAUCAGGAGGCAUAUUAUAUAUAUGAAGAAAUUGCACAAUCUCCAAUAUCUAACACUGUUAAAGUGUUGAAUGGACAAGCUGUAUGUAAAAUUCACCUUGGAAAAUAUCUUGAAGCUGAAAGUUUAUUAUUGGAAGCAUUAAACAAGGAUAAUGAUGAUUCUGAUACAUUAGUUAAUUUAAUAGUGGUCUCUAACUUACUAGGAAAAUCCAUUGAAGUUAUUAAUCGUUAUAUUAAGUAA